AUGUAAAUAUUGACAGAAGCUACAGGUGUCUCAGGUUAUUGUUUCACUACCUGCGGGAAAUCAUUAAUCUACCACUUCACCAUCGUUUUUAUGAUGACUUCUUUGCAAGAUUCAGAUCCAAUUUUGAGAGACUACAUUAUUAAACAUUCACUUCCUCAGAUUUACAAGGCUUUGCUUGCUGGGAUAUGUGUCUCAUGCCCUGAAGAUCCUUUGCACUUUAUAGAAGAGAAGAUCCGAUCAAUUCUAGAGGAUCAGGAUUUUGAGAUUUGCUGGCACACAUUUAUUGACAAAGACAAACAAAUCUCACUGGCAGGAAACAUUGUGUAUGGUAUUUUUGGAAAUUCAGAAGACAGCCUGUUUCUGUCGCAUUCGUUGGAGAAAGCUUUCUCAUGUUAUCGAGCCAACCUGACCAAAAUGUGCUUCAUGGGUUGGAAGAGUUAUAUUUCGAAGAAGAAAAUGAAAGCUGCCAGGCUCCUAGAGAGAAUAGAAGAGGCUAAGCUGUAUCACACACAGAGAGGGAUAAAACUGGCUUUCAUCAAGUGGACCGCGUGGGUUUGCUUUCGCAAAAACAGGCAGAAUGAUGCUGUGAGGAAACUACAGAAAGCGCAGGAGUCUGUUCACUGCAGAAACAUCAUAAUGAGUUGGCGUCAUGUUGUACAUGACGCUAAAAGAACAAAGGAGUAUUUUAAGAGGCUAGAGAAAGAGAUUCAAGAAAGUCUGAACUCAGAGAUACCACAGGGCAAUGGACAGGACAGACUAUCACUGCUGCCUAACAAGCUGUCUCUUAAGAUCUUCCAAAGUCUAGGUGUGCGUGACCUCUUGAAAUGUGCUCAGGUGUGUCAUUCUUGGAAAGCGAUCACUCAAAUCAGCUCAUUGUGGACUGAGAUUGAUUUCUCCUCUGAGAGCAGCUGGAUCACAGAUCAGACUGUGGAGAGAAUACUGCGAGCACAUCGUGUCUAUGUGAUCUCUGUAAACUUGUGCGGUUGCACAAUGGUGCAGGGGUUGAGCUUCAGACGCAUCAGUCAAUGCCGAAAUCUUCAAGAACUCAAUCUGAGUGAAUGCCUAAAUGUUAAUGAUGAAAAUAUGAAGAUGAUUUUAGAGGGAUGUCACUCUCUCCUCUAUCUUAAUCUGGCCUUUACUCAUAUAACUAAUGCUACUAUAAGAGUCCUCUCAAGAUGCUGUCUGACGCUGCGGUCUCUGAAUCUGGCAUACUGCAUGGGUUUCUCUGAUAAAGGCCUGCAGUAUCUGACCACAGGGAAAGGCUGUCACAGACUCAGUCAUCUAGACCUCUCCGGUUGUUCUCAGAUAUCUGUGGAUGGAUUUACAUAUGUCGCUGAGGCUUGCAGUUCACUUCAACAGAUUGUGUUAGAUGACCUUCCCACCCUCACAGACACCUGUUUGCAGGUCUUAGUAUCUAAAUGUCGUUCUCUGACUGUGAUUUCCCUAUUGGACUCACCGUUUGUAUCUGAUGUGGCAUUCAAAACAAUCGCGGAAGUGAUCAGCCUCACCAAGAUCCAAAUAGAAGGUAAUGAGCGAAUGACGGACAGCAGCUUGAAGGCCCUGUGCCGGAGCUCUCUGAAACUCAGUGAGGUCCAUGUGUCCGACUGUCCUCGCAUGACUGACGCCAGCUUGAAGUCUUUAGGAAGUCUGACUAAACUGUGCAAACUAAAUAUCUCAGGGUGUAUCAAGGUGACUGAUAUGGGAAUCCAUUACAUCACUGAAGGACAAUCUGCUGUUGAACUGCGAGAGCUUGAUCUUUCCUACUGCCCAAAAGUUACUGACCUGUCCCUGAAGAGAAUAACUCAGAGAUGUAGCAAUCUGACACACCUGACUGUGUGUUUCUGUGAGAACCUGACAGAUAAUGGCUUCGAGUGUCUGGACAAAUGUGCUUCUCUGGUCUCUCUGGACAUCACCGGCUGCAAAAUACAUGACAAAGGACUGGCAGUUCUGGGGGCCAACAACAGUCUGAGAAAACUGACCGCAACUGAGUGCGUUUUCAUUACAGAUAAAGGAAUAAAGAUGUUUUGCCGACAAUGUCAUCGUCUGGAGCUUUUGGAUGUGUGUCACUGUGUGUGCCUGUCUGAUCGUUCGAUCAAAGCCCUUUCCUUCUUCUGCAGGACCAUUGCCACAGUCAGAAUAGCUGGAUGCCCUAAAAUGACAGAUACAGCAGUGAAGUAUCUAACAAGAGCUGGUCACUUCCUGAGAGAGCUGGACGUGAGUGGCUGUCCUCUCCUGACUGACCGCACACCUUCCUUACUCUUGUGCUGCUGUCCACAGCUGCGGUCCAUCAGCAUGCUCUACUGCAAGAACAUCUCCAGUCAGGCUGCUCUGAAGCUGCAGCGCCGUGUCCAACGCUGGAAACACAGUAACGAUGCCCCCUACAGCCUGGAUUAAUUACUACAACCCGACAAGAUAUAUGGAGCAACUGGAGAAACAAAGACAGCAGGAUGAGGACACUACAGACAUUACCAGUCAACACUUACUGUAUUGUGGAAAAUAUUUUUAUAUAUAACAUUUAUGCAUUUGUUAAGAUUGUUUCGUAAGUCUGAUUCUUUAGGUACAAAAUACUGAAAAUUGCACUUACAGAUGCAUGGGGCUGUCCUAAGACAAAAAGGUUGGGAAUCAGUAUUAAAAUAUAGUUUUGUCAUGUUUUUGGCAAAAGAGAAAAAAACAUAUUAGACUGUAAAUUCAUUUACAGUAUAGUGAGAAAAUUCAGGAUGGUACCAUGCCAUAUUUCACAUACUUCAUUAAAGAAUAAGCACCUGUUUGAAAAA